AUGUUGUUCUACAUAUUUUCACAGGUUAAUUCAGCAGAUGUCUGCGACAAUAGGUUUAACGCAUUUUUGAAUUCAUGGGCACAAAACAUUAGCAGCGAUGAAUAUAUAAGAUCCGUAGAAACAGAAUUUCGCGAUGAUUAUCAGACAUUGGUCCAUCAAUGCUUUGCCAAAACCUCCGAUGAUCCCAAUAAAUGCGUCUUGUCCGACAAUGAGUUAAAUGGAGAUGUUUACGGCGAUGAUGGACCACUCAUGGGCUGCGGACAAUGUCAAAAGAUCGUUAAGCAACUACGCGCUAACUAUUUGAAGAUCAAUUAUACAACACGUAAAUGUAUCGAUAUAAACCUUUUCAAUAUCGUCAGCAGCCAACUCCAGUCGUGUACCCGCAAUAAAUUGAAUGAUUCCGACUUUAUAUUUACAAACCAGGAAUCGCUGGCACACAGUGUGCCGUUGGAAAUCAUCAAUAUUGCAGAACAAGCAAUGUCCAAUCGUAUCAUGGCCAAUUCAAGAUUAGACGCUUGCAAAAUAAGAAAUCCUGAAAAGUGGGCGAUGACCAACCUGUGUAUGAAGAAUGGACGUAGUGAUAUGUAUCAUACGCAAUGCAUAAUCCAGAAGGCGAGCAAAAUAAGCAAUGUACCAACUAAAUGCAAUAAACGUUUCAAAGAUGUAAAACAAGCCACUUGCAAUUGUAUAGCUGAAGUACGUGAAGAUUGGCGCAAUGAAAUUAUGAACAUAAAAUAUAGUAUCGUAAAUGCAUUGAAAGACCAUAAAUGCCCAACGGAUAUAGAACAGAUUGGUAAUUGGAUUCGCCACUAUAAUUUAGUCAGCAUGCAGUGUCUGGGAAAAGACUCACAAGCUGCGAUUAUGAAAACUAUCACCACAUGGUGCAAUGAGAACAUAAGCAAAGACAAUUCAGGAAUAUCACAGUGCCGCCACCUUCUGUUCCAACAACUGUUCUUACUAACAGUCCAAACUCGAAUUACUACUAUUUUACAGUGUACAACUCAGUUUACUUCACAAAUUGAUAUGUCCCAUAGGUAAGAGUAAGAGGAUGAGU